UCCGUUUUGCGCCGGCAAAAUGGCGGUUUUCAGACGUUGGCGAUGGCUGCCAGGGGCUCGAUUGGGGCAGUUCAUACACAGCGAGGUUUCCGCGGCGCCUUCUGACGACCCCCUCGCCUCUCCCGCUUCUCUGUAUCCGCCCGUAGUGGCUUCACUUACCGCCAAGAGUAAAAUAGCCAAACUCCGGCGCCGGGAGGAAUACUAUAAAAGUAUUCACAACGCGGCUACGGUCGAGGAGAAAUUGGCGAUCUACGGGAAACGGCAGCGCCGCAAGUAUGUGGUCUACCCGCAGACGUGGGCCAUAAAUGCAGACCGCUGGUACCAACAUUUCACGAAGACUGUCUUUGUGCCAGGACUGCCCGCUUCGGUAUCAGUAAGCGAAGAAGACAAGAAAGACAGUUUGGAUUGGGCUGAGCUCCGCUCCCUUGUCUGCGAAGUGCUCCUUCAGGAGCAUUAUUACCAGCGCAAAAAGCGCCCCAAACUCUUCCGCAUCAGCGACCAGGGGCCGGCGGCUUUCAUUACCCAACUGGUGCCAAAGCUUGCAGCCCACUUGGCUAGUCUCAACCCAGCGCUCGGUUCCUCUUCCUUCAUAGACUUUCAGCCAGAUGUACAUUUCUACUGGUUACGUGGGGAGACAGUGGUUCCUCGAGGACAUCGGUAUGGCAGGAUUGACCCGCUCAGAUUUCAGAUUGAUGAUAAGCCACUCUGUCAGAUUCGUAUGAGAAAGCAACUUUCAGAGUUUGAGCCUGUUGAUUACCUGGGCCCUGGAGAUAUUCCUGUUAUCCAACAUUUACCUGACAAGCUUCCAUUAUUCAAACGACAAUAUGAGAACAAAAUAUUUAUAGGUUCUCAAAUAUCAGAUCCAUGCUGCUAUGGGCACACCCAAUUUCAUUUGCUUCCUGACAGGGUAAAAAGAGAAAGAUUGAUAAGAUUGAAUCUCACUGAUCAGAUUGAUGUUCCAUAUCGAGCCAAUGCAGUUGGAAGUCUCUUUGCAUGGACUGGAGCACAAGCAAUGUACCAAGGAUUCUGGAGUGAGGACGAUGUGACUCGACCCUUUGUAUCCCAGGCUGUGAUAUUUGAAGGAAGAUACUGUGCCUUUUUUUGUUACCAGUUAAACACCUUGGCUUUAACUGUUGAGGCUGACCAAAAUAACCCAAGAAGGAACAUUUGUUGGGGGACUGAAAGUAAGCCUCUGUAUGAAUCAAUAGAAAACAACGAUGUAAAAGGUUUUAACGAUGAAGUCCUAGCACAGUUUGUUAAAUUUCUGUUAAACAAACCAAAGGAAUUGUGAUAAUCUGAUUAUUCUGAAAAUACCAAAAUAAAAUUAAGUGUUUAAACA